AUGGAGGUCGAAACGCCCACCAACGAACUCAGCCAGACACAAUACCAUUACCAACAACAACAACAAGUCAUGGCCGCAGCAGCAAAAGCCAAAACCAAGACCAAGGCCAAAGCCAGCAUCACCGACACGGUCGAACUGAUCCUCUGGCUCAAGACAGAACAGGCACGGAUAACCCGCGAGGUCAAGCAGCUCAACGCUCAAGGAUACCAAACCACCGCUCUCUACAACUACUGGCACAUCCUCGAAAACCAAAUCAAAGCCCUCGAGUUUGAGCUCAUCCUCGAGAAAUCCGCCGAACUCGCCAUCGAGUAG